CUGAGCUUCCGGGGUCUGCAGCUGGAGAGGAGAAAGAGCAGGAUCAGCUGAACCUCAGAAGUCCAGACAUGGAGAAACAUCAGCACUUUGUCAAGAGUUUUACUAAACAGAGUGAUCUCCAAAAACACCAGCGCAUUCACACAGGAGAGAAACCGCAUCACUGCUCAGACUGUGGGAAGAGUUUUAAUCAGCCGAGUGAUCUCAAACGACACCAGCGCAUUCACACAGGAGAGAAACCGUAUCACUGCUCAGAUUGCGGGGGGAUUUUUAAUCAGCAGAGUGAUCUCAAACGACACCAGCGCAUUCACACAGGAGAGAAACCGUAUCACUGCUCAGAUUGUGGGAAGAGUUUUAAUCAGCAGAGUGAUCUCAAACGACACCAGGACGUUCACACAGGAGAGAAACCGUAUCACUGCUCAGACUGUGGGAAGAGUUUUAUUCGACAGAGUAAUCUCAAACUACACCAGCGCAUUCACACAGGAGAGAAACCGUAUCACUGCUCAGACUGCGGGAACAGUUUUACUGCACAGAGUACUUUUAAAAAACACCAGCGCAUUCAUACAGGAGAGAAACCGUAUCACUGCUCCGACUGUGGGAGGAGUUUUAGUCGACAAAAUACUCUCAAACUGCAUCAGCGUAUUCACACAGGAGUGAAACCCUAUUACUGCUCAGAGUGUGAGAAGUGUUUUACUACACAGAGUCAUCUCAAAAAACAUCAGCGCAUUCACACAGGAGAGAAACCGUAUCACUGCUCAGACUGUGGGAGGAGUUUUACUGAACAGAGUAAUCUCAAAAAACACCAGCGCAUUCACACAGGAGAGAAACCGUAUUACUGCUCAGACUGUGGGAAGAGUUUCACUCAACAGAGUAAUCUUAAAACACACCAGCGCAUUCACACUGAAGUGAAACUAUAUUACUGCUCAGAGUGUGAGAAGUGUUUUACUCUACAAAGUGAUCUCAAAAAACACCAGGGAAUUCACACAAGAUAGAAACCGUUACACUGCUCAGAGUUUUUCUGUACAGAGUACUCUCAAACUGUAGUGCAAAAUAAAAUAACUUUAAAUAUGAUGACACUAAACUGCUACCUGUUUUUAAAAUACUGUACAUAUUCAAGGAAGAAGCAUAUAAGGCAUAUUUACUGAUAAACCGACAAAUAUUCUUGCUUUGCCUCUUCCCGUAGCUUUCCUAUUGGUUGUUGACGUUGUUUUUGUCACUAUUUGCAUGAGCCAAGUCUCAAGACAUAAGAUAAAAUUAAACACGGUUAAUUUUUUCUCAACCCAGGACGAUAAAAAGACUGACUUAAGCCUUAAAUCCUAACCACCUUACACUGAACAAUCAUUGCCUAUGAUGAGAAGGUUUUGAAUGCAUUUAAUCUCUUUUCUAGAAUACGCAUAUUCAAUUACACUGCUCAAGUACACAUCCUGAAAAUCUUUAUUUAUAACAAAAAAAAACAAACAUAAAAACUAUAAGUGUAAAUCAAAAUUUAUUAUCCAUGGACUGGCAAUAUAAAGACAAUUGUGGCUGUUUUGCCACUAAAAAUUACUGUACUGAAAGGGCAUAGGGUCAUUACAAACAAAAAUUUAAAGCUCACUUUGUAAUGAGGCUUAAAUUAUUGUUAAUUAUCAGAUGUGUUUGUGUGUUCUGUUUGUAGUAAUUCUCUUGUAAUAGUUUCUCUUGGGUGUUAAAUGUGUUUUGAGGGGUGGGGGGCAAGUGUUGUGUGUAUUAGUGUUUAGAAAUAUUACAAAUAAAAUUGGUUUAAUCUGUGUUA